UGAAUGUUGAGGGUAAGUGGGUGAAAGGUCAGCCCGGUGUGUGUGUGUCGCUCAAACGGUCAAUAACACAACUCAACUACAAUCACUAUCAUGUCUCUCCUGAGAGGUGUGUUCAUAGUCUCGGCCAAGAGAACGCCGUUCGGCACGUAUGGAGGCGUUCUGAAGGACCACAGCGCUACGGAUCUGGCUGAACAUGCGGCUAAAGCUGCUCUCGCUGCUGGGAAUGUGGCGCCGGAGCUGGUCAACAGUAUCAUCAUGGGAAAUGUCAUGCAGAGCUCUGCUGACGCUCCCUACAUCGCGCGUCACGUGGGUCUGCGGUGUGGCGUUCCCAUCCCAGUGCCGGCGCUGACUGUCAACCGCCUCUGCGGGUCUGGAUUCCAGUCUAUAAUCAACGGAGCACAGGAGAUCUGCCUGAAAGAGUCAGAGGUGGUCCUGUGUGGCGGUUCAGAGAGCAUGAGUCAAGCUCCUUACGCUGUCAGGAACAUCCGCUUCGGGACAAAGUUUGGAGUUGAUUUGAAGCUGGAAGACACGCUGUGGGCAGGACUGACAGAUCUGCACAUAAAGCUCCCCAUGGGCAUCACAGCAGAAAACCUGGCAGAGAAAUACCAGAUCACACGCGACGACUGCGACCAGUACUCCUACGGGACGCAGCAGAGGUGGAAAGCAGCUCACGAGGCUGGGUAUUACAAUGCUGAGAUCGCGCCCAUCGAUGUGAAAGCCAAGAAGGGGAAAGUGUCCAUGACGGCUGACGAACACCCGCGUCCACAGACCUCGCUGGAGCAGAUGGCCAAGCUGCCCACCGUCUUCAAGAAAGGAGGAACCGUCACUGCAGCCAACGCUUCGGGCGUGUCUGAUGGAGCUGCUGCUGUGGUCAUAGCCAGUGAGGAUGCUCUGAAAGCUCACAAACUCACACCAUUGGCUAGAAUUGUGGCCUAUCACAUCUCAGGAUGUGAUCCCAGCAUCAUGGGAAUUGGGCCUGUACCUGCCAUCACAGAAGCCCUGAAGAAGGCUGGUCUUUCACUCAAAGACAUGGACCUGGUGGAGGUCAACGAAGCGUUUGCUGCUCAGUAUCUGUCCGUGGCUAAAGCUUUGGGCUUGGACCCUGAGAAGACCAACGUAAACGGAGGAGCCAUCGCCAUCGGGCACCCGCUCGGAGCCUCUGGGACCAGGAUCACUGCGCACCUCGUGCACGAGCUCAGGAGACGCGGUGGGAAGUAUGCGGUCGGCUCUGCCUGCAUUGGUGGCGGUCAGGGAAUCGCAGUUAUACUGGAAAACACAAACUGAGAACAUCACACACACAUGUUGCUGCAAACCAAUCAAGUCAAAUUAAAAACCUAAUUCACACUGUCUUCCUAAAGUCUGUAAAAAAAACAUAGCCUGUGUACAAACAUGGAAUAAAAAGUUUAUUUUGCACAUGAUGAUAGUAAAAUGAGUCCAGGAUCAUGUGAGUGAGUGAUGGAGCCGUUUCUGUGCAGAAGUUGCAGCGAUCAGUGAUGCUGGAAGUAACGUGCCUUGCUGUACUUGUGUCUCUGUGCCUAAUCCAACAUCCGGCUCGACUCACCAUCUCCAUGAACUUCUGCUGCUUCCCAGAAAUGUUAUAUAUUUGCUCUGUUUUGAUUUAACUCUUGAUUAUGGACUUUACUAAAUGGUUUUGUAUAGAAUGUUGACUAAACAUGUUCACCGACCAGAGCCCUGACUGUUCUUAUCAAUAAACAAUGUGCGGUAUAAUACCA